AUGCCGGACUCGAGCCCCGCCCCUCUGAGGGACACGCCCCCGGCUCCGCCCCCCAGAGCGCGUGCGCCGGCCUCGCGCCCCGCCCACCGAAGCGACUCGCGCCCCAGCUCCGCCCCCAAACGCGCGUGCGCGGCGCCCCCAAGCGAGGCCCACUUGAGGGACACGCCCCCGGCUCCGCCCCCCAUAGCGCGUGCGCCGGCCUCGCGCCCCGCCCACCUAAGCGCCUCGCGCCCCAGUUCCGCCCCCAAGCGCGCGUCUGCCGGCCUCGAGCCCCGCCCACCUGAGGGACACGCCCCCGGCUCCGCCCCCCAUAGCGCGUACGCGGGCAUCGAGCCCCGCCCACCUGAGGGACACGCCCCCGGCUCCGCCCCCUGGAGCAGCGCGUGCGCCGGCCUCGAUCCCCGCCCACCUGAGGGACACGCCCCCGGCUCCGCCCCCAAGUGCGCGUGCGCCGGCCUCGCGCUCCGCUCCGCCCCCAAGCUUCUGUGCGCCGGCCUCGCGCCCCGCCCACCUGAGGGACACGCCCCCGGCUCCGCCCCCCAGAGCGCUUGCGUCGGCCUCGAGCCCCGCCCAUCUGAGCGCCUCGCGCCCCCGGCUCCGCCCCCAAGCACGCGUUGGCGGGCCUCACCCCUCCCCUCCGACUCCGGCCCCGCCCCCAAGCCCCGCCCACCCGAGGGACUCGCCCCCGGCUCCGCCCCCAAGCGCGCAUGCGCCGGCCUCGAGCCCCGCCCAUCUGAGGGACACGCCCCCGGCUCCGCCCCCCAGAGCGCGUGCGCCGGCCUCGAGCCCCGCCCAUCUGAGCGCCUCGCGCCCCCGGCUCCGCCCCCCAGAGAGCGUGCGCCGGACUCGAGCCCCGCCCAUCUGAGGGACACGUCCCCGGCUCCGCCCUCAAGGGCGCGUGAGCCGGCCUCGAGCCCCGGCUCCUCCCGCAAGCGCGCGUGCGCGGGCCUCACCCCUCCCCUCCGACUCCGGCCGCGCCCCAAGCCCCGCCCACCUAAGGAACACGCCCCCGGCUCCUCCCCCAAGCGCGCGUGCGCGGGCCACGAGCCCCGCCCAUCUGAGGGCCUCGCGCCCCAGCUCCGCCCCCUAGCGCCCCAGCUCCGCCCCCUAGCGCGCGUGCGCGGGCCUCUCGCCCCGCCCAUCUUAGGGCCUCGCGCCCCAGCUCCGCCCCUAAGCGCGCGUGCGCGGGCCUCGAGCCCCGCCCACCUGAGGGACACGCCCCCGGCUCCGCCCCCCAGAGCGCGAGCGCCGGCCUCGAGCCCCGCCCACCUGAGGGACACAACCCCUGGCUCCGCCCCCAGAGCGCGUGCGCCGGUCACGCGCUUCGGCUCCGCCCCCAAUUGCGCGUGCGCGGGCCUCGCGCCCCGCCCCCUGAGGGACAUGCCCUCGGAUCCGGCCCCCCAGAGCGCAUGCGCGGGCUUCGCGCCCCGCCCGUCCGAGGGCCUGAGGCCUGGUCAUGAGUCCUCAGGAAAUUAUUUUCUGUUUAUUCUGAUGACUUGA